GGGCCUUCCCAUCAGCAGUUGGCUUGUGCGGUGCAACAAGGUCUGGGGUGCCGAGCUGUGCGGGUUGCCUCUUAGCGUCUUAGCGUCUGGGUUCUUUCUAUCUGGCAGAGGUUCUCCAGUGUGAAUUAUGAGUGCUCGGGUAAGAUCAAGAUCUAGAGGAAGAGGAGAUGGUCAGGAGUCUUCUGAUUCGGUUGAACCUGUGGUUACCCCGAAAUUAAGUGGCAAGAAGUCUCAACAAAAGGAACCACCAACUGAGAAUCUGGAUAUAAAACCUGGACAAGAGAAAGGAGGAACAUCUGAGGUUCAAGCAGAACCUAAAUUGGAAGGUGCAAGCCAGGAAACGGGUCUGGAAAAGACUGGGGGUGAGCGUGGAGAUGGCCCUGAUGUGAAAGGGAAGAUUCCACCUAAUCUAAUGCCUGCGAAAAAUCUGGAAGCAGGUGAUGGCCAGUCAUAAGUUAAAAAGAAUACAAGCUGAAGCCAUACAUGCUGUUGUUAUAUUGAUAAUUUGGCUUGUUAAAUCCUCUCAAUAAAGUUCUCAGUUUCUGAGAAGAAA